AUGAAAGACUUAGAAUCUGUAGAAAAUAUGGACUCUAACCAAAAACACUGCCUUACUGCGGCUUACACUAUGCCGCAAGAGCUAAAAACAGAGCUGGAAGUCCACGGAAAGGAUGAUGCACUGACAGAGAGAAUGCGGGCAAAAGCUGCCUCCGCUAGAGAGUCAGACUACCAGAGAAAGCGUUACGAUUUACAGCUUAAAGAAGGAGCAGGGAACGGCCAAGAAAAUGACAAAAAGAGGCAUUUGGAGGUGGAUAUAACUAGUGAACCACGACAGGGAGCAGUUGUGAAGAGGUCCCGGUGGGAUGUUGUGGAGGCUUAUCAAAUGCCCGAAAGCUCUAGAGAAGAAAUCCAAAACCUAUCGAAGGAGCUAAUAACGGAAGUACCGGGGGUCCGAGAUUUACAGUUCUUCAAGCCCAGCGACAAGAACCACUUCGGAGAGCUGCUAAGUGACAAGAAAGAACUAAGUGAAGAAGAAGAAAAAGACCGCCAGUUUCUUCGCCUGCUUCUGCGGAUCAAAAAUGGGAGACCGCAAACCAGAAAGUCGGCCAUGCGCGCGCUGCGAGAUCGAGCUUCUGAGUUCGGUGCCCCUAGAAUAUUCAAUCGCGUGCUCCCAAUCCUUAUGGAUCGGAGCUUGGAAGACCAGGAACGUCACUUGAUGAUCAAGGUGGUGGACAGAAUUCUUUACCAACUCCAAGAUCUAGUAAAGCCUUACACUCAUCGCAUUCUAGUUGUGAUUGCUCCAACAUUAAUAGACGAGGACAUUGUGACAAGAGAAGUUGGAAGAGAGAUCAUAUCGCGCCUCGCUCACUCAGUGGGCUUUGCGACGAUUAUUAUGAACGUCAGAGCAGACAUUGAUAAUCAAGAUGAGUAUGUUAGAAACAUUACUUCCCGGGUGCUAGCGGUGGUCGCAAAAGCUCUUAGCGUGUCCAAUAUGAUACCGUUUCUUAAGGCUGUCUGUAAUUCUCGCAAGUCUUGGCGCGCAAGACACACAGGCGUGAGAACUAUUCAACGAAUUGGGAUUUUGAUGGGCAUAGGGGUCCUCCCAUAUCUGCAAUCUCUUAUCGAAUGUAUUAGUGACAAGUUAAACGAUGAGCAUCUGCCAGUGCGCAUUGCUACUGCGCAAAGCAUUGCCUCCCUUGCUCAAAGCUCAUACCCGUACGGUAUUGAUGCUUUCAAUUAUGUUCUUGAACCUCUGUGGCGGGGCAUCAGAACUCAUAGAGGAAAGGCUCUAGCGUCUUUUCUACGUGCAUUGGGCUUCAUUAUUCCCCUAAUGGAUGCCGAGUACGCUGGUUAUUAUACACAAGAAGUCAUGAGGAUAGUCAAACGUGAAUUUCACUCCCCGGACGAAGAAAUGAAAAAAGCAGUACUCCUAGUGUUGCAAAAGUGCUGUGGAACAGAGGGUGUUUCUCGUUUACAACUUAAGGAGGAGAUAGUUCCAGAUUUCUUUCGCAACUUCUGGACUCGGCGCACUGCCUUGGAUCGUCAAAUAAGCAAACUUGUUGUUUACACCACGACUAUUCUUUCCGAAAAGGUGGGUUGUGCAUUUCCCGUGGGUUAUCUCUUAAAUCCAUUAAGAGAUGAAUCUGAGCCAUUGAGAACAAUGGCUGCGCGCGCCGUGAAUCAAAUCGUUAAGUCGCAGGGCACGCAAGAUAUUGAUCAGCGACUGGAAACCAGGAUGAUAGAUGCUCUCCUUAUAGCAUUUCAAGAACAAACUAACGAAGAUAACAUUGUUUUACGGGGCUUCGGAACGGUUAUUAAUUCACUAGACACCCGAAUGAAACCAUACCUCGCACCAAUCGUAAGCACCGUGCUACAACGGUUGAGGCAUAAAUCCCCGAUCAUAAGGCAGCACUCUGCUGAUCUUUGUGCAAUGCUAGCCUCUGCUGUUAAACACUGCGGAGAGGAAGCUAUGCUGAAUAAACUUAACAUAAUAAUGUAUGAGUCCUUGGGCGAGGUAUAUCCUGAAGUGCUGGGUUCUAUGAUAGGUGCAAUGUGCGAAAUUGUCAGCUGUGCUGACUUUUCGAGAAUGCAACCUCCAGCUAACCAAAUACUUCCAAAUUUAACUCCAAUUUUGCGCAAUCGUCACAGGAAGGUUCAGCAUAAUAGUAUCCUUUUGAUUGGAAAAAUUGCUGACAAAGGUCCAGAUAGUGUCCCACCCAAAGAGUGGAUGAGGAUAUGUUUCGAGCUUUUGGAGAUGUUGAAGAGCCCAAGCAAGUCUAUUCAAAGGUCAGCUAACAGCACCUUUGGCAGUAUCGCGAAAACCAUUGGCCCCCAGGAUGUAUUAGUUGCAUUGCUAAACAACCUCAAAGUUCAAGAGCGCCAGCUUCGAGUUUGCACCGCGGUUGCCAUCGGUAUAGUUGCUGAGACGUGUGGGCCAAUCACUGUUCUUCCUGCCCUAAUGAACGAAUACAAAACACCAGAAACAAAUGUUCAAAAUGGUGUACUGAAAGCGAUGUCAUUUAUGUUUGAAUACAUCGGAGGCAUCGCGAAGGACUACAUCUACACUACUGUUCCUUUGCUACAGGAUGCACUUACAGAUCGAGAUUUAGUCCAUCGCCAAACAGCUGCUGCUGUAACAAGACACCUAGCGUUGAAUUGCAUGGGUAAAGGCUACGAAGAUGCUUUCUUACACUUGCUUAAUUUAUUAAUGCCUAAUGUUUUUGAAACUUCCCCACACGUCAUCACACGUAUUGUCGAAGGUUUAGAGGCAUUAAGGAAUGCCCUAGGCCCCGGGGUCGCGUUAAACUAUGUUUGGGCAGGUCUUUUCCAUCCUGCCAAAGGGGUAAGGAAAUCGUUUUGGGGACUCUACAAUAACGCGUACAUUCAACAUCUGGACUCUAUUGUACCUUUCUAUCCACAGGUGGAAAGUGGUCCUUUCACGGUUGAGGAGUUGAAUGAGAUUCUAUAA